AAAGGAAUGACAGGCAUUCUUGAGCUGAAUCAGUGGUUUUGAGACCCAGCGGUUUUUUCAAGAGUUUUAUCCCAACAAUUGUCCACUGCCUGAAGUAGGUGAAAUGAACUUUAGGAUUAGGCGAUGGCUACGAUUUUGUGGUGAAAAAAAAAGUUCCUCGGGGAGCGCGUGAUUGUUGCUUUUUCGGUCAAUUGAAGACAGAAUGGGCCAGACGUCUGUCUCUACCUUGUCUCAAAAUGCGAGCGGUGUUGACGGACUGGAAAAAUGUUCUCUGGCCAGCUGUGAUGUUGUGGUGGGCAGCACCCAGAAUCCUCCACUGAAGCAGAAGGGGAAGCUCUCCACUAUAGGGAAGAUCUUCAAACCCUGGAAGUGGCGCAAGAAGAAAACCAGCGACAAGUUUCAGGACCUAUCCAUAUUUCUGGAGAGGAAAAUCUCCACGAGGCAAAGUCGAGAGGAGCUGAUAAGACGAGGAGUCCUCAUUCCUGAUCAAGGACCAGAGGACCCAGUGAACCCUGAAACUCUAAAUGGCCACGCCACGCUUAGUCUGGGGUCAGAGGAGGUCAAAGUUGACAUAGAGUCUCCUGAAACGCCUUCAGAGGAGAAGACCGAAGAGUCAGAGAAUUCUGAAGACAAAGCAGCCAAAUCCUCUCAUCCUAAGAAAACUGGAGGCACAUCCAAGACCACGGCCCAGUCCUCAUCCUCCUCAUCGUCCACACAGUGUAACACAAAGAUCUCGAAGGACAGGCCUGCCAAUCCAACCGGGACAGAGAAGACCAACAAGCGCGAGCUCCAACUAGCAACUGACCCUUCCCGCUUCUCUGGAGCCCCCAAGGCCUCCCCAGACACAGACAGCCUACCAGGUGAAAGACGGCUCACGGGUCCUGGGGAUGGGAACCAGGGGGGUAAGGAGGAUCCCUCUUCUGGCCCAGAGGGCAGGCCUGCUGCUCAGGAUAACUCCUCUCUGCCUGGGGUGGAUAAAGACAAUGCCUCAGGUGCUGGCCCUCAGGACCCUGGAGAGAAAGCACCCCUUGUCAACAGCACCACUGAGGACACUUCCUUCACUGAGUCUCAAAGUGAGAGCUCCACGGAGGAAGCCCUGGGGACUGGGAAAGAUGGAGGAGGUGACCAUGAGCAACAGUCGGGGGACGAAGACCAUGACUUAGAGAAAAAUCAGAGGCCUACUAAUGGGAUUGGUGAGAAGCUCCACAGUGUUAACCUGGAGAGCCCAGAGGUUACAGUCAUCCCAGACAGUACUACGGAGUCUGACUACCACUCCAUAGUCAGCGACUCCGACUCAGAUGGGCCCAUCCUCUACCGAGACGAAGAAGAGGACGAGGAUGAGGAGGACGAGUAUACCACAAGCUCUCUAGCCAGUAAGAUCCGCCGCAGGGACACCCUGGCCAUCAGACUUGGCAACCGGCCCAGCAAGAGAGAGCUGGAGGAGAAGAACAUCCUGCCUCGUACCUCUGAGACCGAGAGGCAGGAACUCCGCCAGCAGAUUCACUCCAAGCUAGUGAGACGACUUAGUCAGAGGCCCAGUACUGAGGAACUGGAGCAGAGGAACAUUCUGAAACAGACAAAUGAAGCUGAUCAACAUGAAGCCAUACAAGAGAUUAAAAGGAGACUCUCCCGAAAGCUGAGUGUGAGGCCGACAGUAGCAGAGCUGGUGGCUCGCCGGAUUCUGCGCUUCAAUGAGUACGUGGAGUGCACAGAUGCUAAGGACUAUGACCGUCGCGCAGACAAACCCUGGACCAGGCUCACUCCAGCUGAUAAAGCUGCUAUCCGUAAAGAACUGAAUGAGUUCAAAAGCAAAGAGAUGGAAGUUCAUGAAGAGAGCAAACAAUUUACCAGAUUCCAUCGGCCCUGAGGCAUUUCUCUCUCCAGUGGGGUUGCUGGUCGGCUGCCGGCACUGCCUAAAGGCUCUCUCUCCCCGCUGCGGGCUUCACCAUUGGGCUUUUCCCUGGGGCCUGGAUGCCCCUAGGCACGGACACAUGGACACCGUCUCCCAGGGCCAACCUGGCUCCAGCUCUACAGAUCAAUAGAGGUUGAUAACAUUGGGCCACACCUGCUUACACAGACCUGACCAGACUGGGCUUUAGUGCUGUGUGAAAAGAGACAGACCGAGAGAGAGAGAGGCCAGUAUCCAUGAAGGACAAAACUGUUGCACUUUGGAACACAGCACUGAUUUAAUUACCCACAUACUUUUUGGCUUCCCUAAAGCACCUUAACAGGCCUUGACCAAGUCCCCAUGGGACUGGAAGGGAAAUGGUUUUGCAACUAUGACAAUGUUGUAGGUUAGGCAAGUCCAGCCAAAGGUAACAGUAAUCAAAUCAAUGUUUAUUUGUGAUAUGCACAGGAUACAAUGUAAACUGUGCAAUGCAAUGCUUACUUGCAAGCUUUCUCAACAGUGCAAUGACAAAUAUAACCAAAUCAGACACAUAGUCCUUAACUUAAAAUAAUCAUGGAAGUGCAUGGCAAGGUGUUAAGAAUAAAUUGUUAGUUUUACUGCCAUGUGGUCUUGAUGGUGGAAAUGAAGGUGUUUGGGUCUUGUUUUAAGGGGUGAUUGUUGAUGCUGAUCUCAAAGUGGCUGGGACUACAUGAAUUUUGCCUAGAUAAUAAGGAAUAUGUAUCAUUACUGUAUUUGUCAUGUUUUCUAGAACACUUACCAUUAUUGAGCAUAUAUUUUACAGGGACAGAGCAGAGUGGACCCUAUUGAUCUAUGUAGGCUAUUCUUCCACUCCCUCUUUCCAAAUUUAGGGCAAGUUCAGAACAAAUUGGUCUGCCCUUCAGAUUGGUUGAGCUAUUAAUAAUGGAUGGUCUGUGUAGUUUGAAAGUAUAUGAUAAAUGUUAGUAUUUUACAGUCCCAGAUGAAUCCAUUGAGCUUUUUUCCUGGUCAUAAAAUGUGAAGCAUUUCUUUGAUAUUUCUGUGAUGAGGUGCACCAAUCAAUUUACAUUCAUUUCGGACUGCUAAGGGCAGCUGUAGAAUAUAGGAAGAGAACCAUAGUAUUCAUGCUAAUGUUUUUCUCAUUCUAUGGAUUUUUUGUACAUAAUGUAUAUCAGUUGCAUGAUCACAAGUUUACUGCCAAUUACCCUAUAGAUUUUUACAUUGAUGUGAUGUACAGGAUGAGUUUCGUAUUGAUGGCGCUAUGUGCUGUUCAUAUGUGAGUACUGUAUCUUUGAAUUAUGUCAGUACAUAAUAUUCAUGUAUAUACAGUACCAGUCAAAAGAUUGGACACACCUGCUCAUUAAAGGGUUUUUCUUUAUUUUUACUAUUUUCUACAUAGUAGAAUAAUAGUGAAGACAUCAAAACUAUGAAAUAACACAUGGAAUCAUGUAGUGACCAAAAAAGUGUUAAACAAAUCAAAAUAUAUUGGAUUUUAUAUUCUUCAAAGUAGCCACCCUUUGCCUUGAUGACAGCUUUGCACAUUCUUGGCAUUCUCUCAACCAGCUUCAUGAGGAAUGCUUUUCCAACAGUCUUGAAGGAACCAAAAAUCUCAAAUUUAGAACAAAGGACAGAUUUCCAUCGGUCUAAUGUCCAUUGCUCAUGUUUCUUGGCCCACGCAAGUCUCUUCUUCUUAUUGGUGUCCUUUAGUACUGGUUUCUAUGCAGCAAUUCAACAAUGAAGGCCUGAUUCACGCAGUCUCCUCUGAACAGUUGAUGUUGAGAUGUCUGUUACUUGAACUCUGAAGCAUUUAUUUGGGCUGCAAUUUCUGAGGCUGGGAACUCUAAUGAACUUAUCCUCUGCAGCAGAGGUAACUCUGUGUCUUCCUUUCCUGUGGCAGUCCUCAUGAGAGCCAGUUUCAUCAUAGCGCUUGAUGGUUUUUGCGACUGCACUUAAAGAAACUUUCAAAGUUAUUGAAAUUUUCCGUAUUGACUGACCUUCAUGUCUUAACGUAAUGAUGGACUGUCGUUUCUCUUUGCUUAUUUGAGCUGUUCUUGACAUAAUAUGGACUUGGUCUUUUACCAAAUAGGGCUAUCUUCUGUGUACCACCCCUACCUUGUCACAACACAACUGAUUGGCUAAAAUGCAUUAAGAAGGAAAGAAAUUCCACAAAUUAACUUUUAACAAGACACACCUGUUAAUUGAAAUGCAUUCCAGGUGACUACCUCAUGAAGCUGGUUGAGAGAAUGCCAAGAGUGCAAAGCUGUCAUCAAGGCAAAGGGUAGCUACUUUGAAGAAUCUAAAAUAGAACAAAUAUUUAGAUUUGUUUAACACUUUUUUUUGGUUACUACAUGAUUCCAUAUGUGUUAUUUCAUAGUUUUGAUGUUUGAUGUUAGUUCUUCAUUAUUAUUCUGCAAUGUGGAAAAUAGUAGGUAUGUCCAAACUUUUGACUGGUACUGUAGAUGUAUUGCCACUCCCAUAUCCAUCAUGCAUAUACGAGGUCUAUAUAUUCCUCUAAAUUGCUUUAUUGUUCCGUUGUUGAUCACAUAGAUACCAUUUAUGCGAAAAAUCAACGGUGUAUGCUCAGGAAGAAGAUGCCAUAACCCUUCAGUAUUAGCUACAUAGACUAAAAGUGACCCCAUGGCCACUUAAAUGGUGUAAUAUGUUGACUUAGGGCUCUAUUCAAUCAGAUCCGCCUAAAAAUUAAAAGAUUCACACACUGAAUA